GAGAAGGAGAGCCACAACCCACCGGCUGCUGCGCAUUCCCUUCGCGGCCAAAUACACGCACGCAUAUAAAGAGCGCCGGCAAAGCGGAUUUUCUACUUAGACUCGGACAAAACUUCGGCGUGCAAUUUGCUCCGCGCAUUAGGAUUUGCGGACUCGUUGACACAUUUUGACCGAAAGCAGAGCGCAGAGAUGUCGAAAUUGGUCUUCGUGUGCAUACUUGCGGCCGUCUACUUGUGCGCCGGAAUUCUGGCUCAACCAGUGGCUCAGCAACUUGCUCAAAGUCAAGCAGCUCAGGCAAUCCAAGAUUACGAACGACACGUGCAGCAGUUGCAGCAGGCGCUCCAGUUUCUGUCCAAGGAAAUUCAGCACGCAAAGAAACGCUCAGGUUGCUUCCUGAACGGCGGCAUGGCGCACAACUGCGACCUGAAGGACGUGGUAUCGGCCGUGGACGAGGCAAAAUACUGGGGCUCGUACAUGUCGCCGGGCAAGAGGCGCUGGGGACCGCUGUCCCCGGCGGUGGAGCUCGAGCUGGGCCAGCCGGAAUGAUCGACUUACUUCAGGUCCUGCAAAUCUAGAUUCGACCACCCGACGCCCGCACCCCGUGUAAUUACUACCUUGCCGGACAAAAGCACACACACACGAGCCCUGGACGAGAAAUAUAUCCUCUAGUCCCCGAACAACUUUCCUGCUCUACACACUAUUCCUGUUAAACUUUACGCUUGAGUUCAGUAUUUAAACUUUUCAUGCCUGAUGGUGGAAUCGUCUGAGCGUUUUAUUCUGUACGAAACCUGGUAAAUAAAGAGUAGAUCCUACUGCAUUAUCAAUUUAUUUCAAUA